AUGAAUGUUGAAGAAUAUAGACAUCAAGUUGGAGGACACUGCAAACUAAUAAAACCAAAAGAUUCAUCAAAGGUAUACAAACCAUUAAUAGAAAAUGAAUAUAUUUUUUAUAAAAAGUUAACAAAUUUCGGUUCUUCAUCAACUGAAUCAGGACCUUUACAUCUUUUAAAAAAAUUCAUACCGAAAUUUUAUGGCGUAACCGAAAUUUUGGUUGAAUCAUGUUCUGAUGAUGAAGAAAAGCAAAAUGAUUCAUCCAAUCAUAUAAAAGGAAAAGAUGAGAAGAAGAAGAAAAAAAAAAGUAGAUAUAAAAAAUAUAUCAAAAUGGAUAAACGCGAAAAGGAAAAUUUUGUAAACACUGAUGAAAGGUACUUUGUUCGAGAACAGAAAUAUUCUGAACAAAUACGAAUGAGGGCAAAUAUUUCAAACGUAGAUAUACAUGAGAACACACAGAAAAAUAUGUCAAGUGGUGAAUUAAAAGAACAUAAAGUGAAUCAUAUGAAAAUUGUUGAUAAACAUAAUGAGUCAAAUAUAUAUGGAGAUGAAUAUGGAAGUAAGAAUAAUGAAAUGAAUAAAAAUAAUAAUGAAAUAAAUAAAAAUAAUGAUGAAAUAAAUAAAAAUAAUGAUGAGAAUGUGAAAAAACGAUAUAACGAAACUAACAUAAAUGCUACUCCAAAAAAAUUCAAAAGAAGAAAAGAAUGUGUUCCUCAUAUAAUUCUUGAAGAUUUAGUGUAUGGAUUUAAAAGACCAUGUGUAUUAGAUAUAAAAAUGGGAAAGAGACAAAGGAAGAUUGGAGCAUCAAUAGAAAAAAAGAAAAGACAAGUUGAAAAGAGUUUUAAGACAACUAGUCAUUCAUUAGGUUUUAGAUUAUGUGGAUGUCAACAUUACAAUAAAGUAAGUGAUACAUUAUUUUAUAAAGAUAAAUACUGGGGAAGGAACUUAAGUAAAGAACAUAUUCCAUGGGCAAUUCGAAAUUGGUUUUGGAAUGGUUCAUUAUUAUACGAAGAAUUAAUACCCUUAUUAUUAGAAAAGUUACAUAGCUUUUUUAAUUGUAUAGUUGAAUUGAGACAUUAUCGUUUUUGGUCUUCUUCUUUAUUAUGGGUUUUUGAUGGUGGAUUAAGUGAUAAAAAAGCUCGAUCUAAUUCUUUAGAUAUUAGAAUGAUUGAUUUUGCUAAUACUAUAUAUUUACAAGAUAAUCCAUCAGCUGAUGAAGAAUAUAUUUUUGGUUUAAGAAAUUUAAUAGAAUCCAUUCAGAUUUUAAAUAAUUCUAUACAUAAUAUUUAUUUCUUACCAUAUGAAAUUACUACUUGUUUUUAUUCAGAAAAUUAUAAUAUGAAAGAAAUUAAAGAUCGCAAGGUUUUGAAAAAAUCAAGAUCUGUUGUUUAUGAAGACAACAAAAAGAAGAAAAAAAAAACUGUUUAUAUUAAUAUGGAGUUUUUUAAAAAGGCAAAGGGCAAAUAUGUAAGUAAUAAUAAUAAACAAUUGGAUAAUAACAAACUUGUAAGUAAUAAUAAACACAUGAACAAUAAUAAACAUUUAAAUAUAAAAAAGUAUGAUACAAAAACGAAAUAUAUAUAUAAUUCUGAUUUAUUAAAUACAGAGUAUAUCAAUAAAUUUUUGUCACAAAAUGAAAAAGAAGAAAUCCAUAAAAAUAAAAAACAAAACAGAAAUAUCAAUAUAAAUAAAAUUAAAAAAAAAAAACAAAAAAAAUUAUAUAUAAAAUAUAAUAAAUACCAAAGCUUUUCUGACUAUGCAAUAAGAGAAGAUAUCUAUAGCUCUCCCUUAUUUUCUUUUACAAAUAAAUUACAUAAUAGUGUAUCAAAUAAUCCACAUAAUAUAAAGAAAACACGUAAUAUGAAUAAUUUCGGAAUUCAUUGUCUUCUUAAUAAUAAUUCUGUUAGUACAUCAAAGGUGGAAAACAAUGCAUAUAUUGAAGAAAUUUUUAAUAAAUAUAAAAAUUAUGAAUAUAAUGAUGUAUAUCAUAAAAAUAUUGGAUCUUCUCACCAGGAUAGAGAUCCUUUGGUAGAUACUCAUUUAUAUGAUGAAAAUAAUAAGAUAUUGUACAACACUUGUUUAAAAGAAAAAGAUAAUAUAUAUAAGGGUUUGGAAAAUACUAUAGAUAAAAGUAUGAAUAAUACAAUGAACAAUUUAUUUUAUAUUCAAAAUUAUAAUUAUGAUAAGGAAUAUAACAAUAAAAUAAAAACACAUCAUACAUCAAACGAUAGAAUAAAGAUAAAUAAUGAGGAAAUUUUGUAUGUGAACAAAAAUAUUUCAAGAAAUAAUAAUAUUUAUAUGAACAAUAACGAAAGAAAAAAAAAAAAUAUAUUAUUAAAAAAAUCGUACAAUAUGUCUAUGCAAAAUAAAAAUUUACCAUACCAGAUAGAUGAAUGUAAUAAAAACAGAACAAAAGACGGAAAGGUUAUUUAUAAUAUUAUUAAUGAUAAUUCUCCAACUUUUAUUGAUGAUAAAUACAAAGAAGAUAUUCUUGAAAAUAAAAUAUAUUUCAAUAAAGAAUCUUUGGAAAAUAUACAGGAAAAUCAAAAUUAUAUUUUAAAUGAUCAUACGGAUGUAUUAAAAUAUAUGAAUUAUAAUAUGGAUUACAAACGUUAUGAUAAAAAUAUAAAUAAUAAUAAUAAUAAUAUAUUAUCAACAUGUCAGAAUAAAAGAAAAACUGAAUCUAUUUUAGAUAAUAAUUUACAUACGAAAAGCGAUCAUGAAUAUGAUGAAAUAAUACAAGAAACCAUUAUUAAAACAUUAAAAAUAGCAUCCAAUUUUUAUCAACAAAUUAAAGAACAUAUUAAUAUGGAUCAACAAGUAAAGGAUAAAGAAAAAUUACCACAACCUUGUAGUGAUCAUGAUAAUAUUAAAGAUAAUGUACAACAAGGGGAAGACAAGAUAAAAAAAAAAGAAGAUUAUUUGUUGUCAUAUCAUAAUGUAGCUGAUGAUCACUUUAAUAAUAAUCAUUGUGAAGAUAAUAAAAAAGAUUUUUAUUUAUUUAAUUUUGAUGAAAGUCAAAAAAAAAAAAAAAAUUCUAUUGAAACAUAUAAAGGUAAUAUAAAUUUUCAAACGAAUAAUAAAGAUGAUAAUAUAAAAAUAAAAGAAAAAAAAAAAAAUUAUAAAAAAGAAAUAAGUAAUUAUUAUUUCGAAAAGGGAGAAAUGGAAAAUAUUAUCAACGUUUUUCCUAACGAGGAAGAAAAUCUCAUACAUGAAAAAAAAAAUAAAGACAUACAAGUAUUAAAAACAGAUAAUAUAAAUGUUAACAUUGUAGAAAAAUAUAAUAUCAACAAUAUUAAAAUAAAAAAAAAUUUUAAUAUGUUAAAAAGGAAUAUAAACUUAAAAGUUUUAAUAAAUCAAAUGAUUAAAAUGGAAAUUGAAAAAAGGACAUUAGAAAAAAAACAAUUGUUAUUCAAAAAUAAACAAACAAACAAACGAAUUAAUACACAUACAAAUAAACAAAUAUAUAAAGAAAUAAAUACACCUACGAAUAAACCAACAAGUAAAAAAUUUUUUUUUAAAAUAACAAAUAAUGAAAUGACGGAUUUUUGUGAUAAUAAUGUAGAUAUUAUAGAGGUACAAAAUAAAAUAAAACAAAUGGAUAUAAAAGAAAAUAUGUUAAACAAAAUGAUAUAUAGAUCAGAAAAAGAUACUCUGUAUAAAAGUAGUAAAGAUAAUAUAUACGAACAAUUAAAUUAUAACUCAGAUACUAUAUUAAUACAUAAGGAUUUUAAAAAUUUUCAUUUAAAACUGAAUAAGAAAAAUAAUUAUAUUCAAGAUUGUAAUAUGAAUAAAAGAUGCAUGUCUUGUAAUCAUGAUAUCAUUUCAUCUUUGAAGAAUGACAAUAAAAUAAAAGAAAAGAAGGAAAAACAAAACAAAAAAAAAAUACGCCAGCUGUUUUUAAAAAAAUUAAGUAUGUUAUCAAAUAUGAAAAGUAAUAAGAAAAAAUAUCAUGACAAUGUUUAUUAUAAUGGUGAUCCUGACAAUAGUAAUGAAGAAAAAAAUGGUGAAUAUAUUAAUAAAUAUAUUGAUAAAAAUUAUAAUGAGUAUGAUAAUAAAUAUAAUAUUCCACAUAAUGAUACAUAUGAUGAUAAGCUUGUUAAUACAAUUAAUAAUAUUCCUUUUCGUUUUAGUAAAUAUUAUUUAAAAGAAAAAAAGAAGAAAAAAAAAUAUUUAAAAUGUAAUCAAUUAAAUAUGCUACCAUUACAUAAGAAGAAAUCUAUAUAUAAAAACGAAUAUCCAGAAAAUAAUGAAGAAUUUAAUAUAUUCAAUAUGAAUUAUGAAAAGAAUAUUUAUACAUUUAAUAAUAUAAAAUAUUCAAAUGAAAAUUUAAAUUAUAUUAAUAAUAUAUAUGAAAAUAAUGAAUUCGAAACAUAUAAAAAUUUAAUACUACCAUUAACUGAAACAAAUGAAAAUUAUAAAUACUUACGUAGAUCUUUAUCAGAACCUAAUAUAUAUAAAUACAAUCGGUUUAUGGGUACACAAAAAGAUUCAUAUGUUAAUAAAAUUAAUUAUAAUAAUCUAAUCAAAAAUAGAUUGGAUAAAUUAACAAAAGUUCCUAUAUAUAAUCAAAUAUAUGGUUUUACCUCCAAUUCUAGUAAUACAUAUUCUUCAGAAAGUUCCCUUGAUAUGUAA